AUGCCAAAUUCCACCGAAAAUAUCCAUGCGCAGCCGAUGCCGGCCGGCUUGCAGACGAUAGACGCUUCUGAACCUGCCGAGCUAAAAGCAGCACUCCAUUCCAGAUUAACAGAUCUCGUCAAUGGCGCCCCAGUAAUGCUCUUCAUGAAAGGCGUUCCCAAGUGCCCAUUAUGUCGCUUCAGCCGACGUAUCGUUCGUAUCUUGGACGACCGUGGUAUUCAGUAUAGUUCUUUCGAUGUACUGAAGGAUGAGACCGUUCGUCUGGGCAUCAAGGAAUAUGCCGACUGGCCGACUUUCCCCCAGUUAUGGGUAAAUGGUGGAUUAGUUGGCGGGUUGGAUAUUGUAAGUACAGCUCGCUGCCAGGGAGUAUUUGAUGUCGAUAAUGACGAUGGAUAA